UCGUCUGGUUCAGUCUUCAUAGCAGCAAAAACUUGAAAAGCCUUCACUUUUGACCUCUGGCGCACACAGCUCUCAUCGACCAUCCAGACGUUUUGGAUUCUUCUUAGAAGAUUCGAGUUCCCUAUAUUUUUCUCUCGCGAUUUCUUUUCGUUUCAAAUUUCUCGGUGAUAUUUGAACUUUAGAUUCUGCGUCGAAGAUGGAAGACUGGGAGGAUGAUGUAAUUCCAUCUAUUCCUAAAAAGGAGCUCCCUAAAAAUGCGUGGGAUGAAGAGGAUGUAGAAGAGAGCGAUGUAAAAGAUUCAUGGGAGGAUGAAGAUGAACCUGCUCCUGCACCUGCACCAGCUCCUGCUGAAAAGGUCUCCAAAAAAGCUGACGAAAAACCUAGUGAGAAAAAUAAAAAAGUAGCUGAAGUAGCAGAGGAAGUGCCAUUGGAUCCUGCAGCGGAGAAGCUUCGCCAACAAAGACUUGUAGAAGAAGCUGAUUAUCAGUCUACCACAGAACUGUUUGCAAAAAGAGGCGAUGAGAAGACCCUUGAUAAUUUUAUUCCUAAAUCAGAAAGUGACUUCUCGGAGUAUGCUGAGCUUAUUUCACAUAAACUGCGCCCCUAUGAGAAGAGCUUCCAUUACAUAGGAUUACUGAAGGCAGUAAUGAGGCUGUCAAUGACAACUCUAAAAGCCGCUGAUGCAAAAGAGAUCGCCUCUUCAGUCUCAGCAAUUGCGAAUGAGAAGCUCAAAGCUGAGAAAGAAGCCAAUGCUGGCAAAAGGAAAACAGGUGCAAAGAAGAAACCGCAUCUGGUUGAUAGACCGGGUGAUGACCUUGUUAUCGAUGCUUACGACGCUGCCGAUGAUUAUGAUUUCAUGUGAGCAUAGAGAAUACCCACCCUCAUUGUCAGUGAUUUUGUGUCUUAAAUUUAAUUUAAUUUUAUUAUAAUUUUAAGCGUGUCAGAUUUAGGAACUCUGUUGAGUGUCCAACAGUUCAGAUUCUUGGAAUAAGACUUAUAGUGUUUUCGAGUUAAACAAGAGUUGAGUUGAGGCAUUUGAGUUACUAUUUCCAGAGUGGCUAUUUUUCUUUCCGGUUUUCUCCGAUCCAAUGAUGUGAUGUUAAUUUUAGUCCUUUAAAAUCCUUAAUUUCUCAUCACAUAACACUUUCUCAAUAUAACUAGUUUGAUGCA